UGUGCCUACAGUUCCACCCAUCAAAAUGGCUUACUAUAUCGACAUGAGGACGCCACCAGGACUAAUUGAAGAGGAGGCAAGAGAGAACGUCACCCCCAAUGUUGAAGUGGAUUUUUCAGAAUACAUGUGGAUGGCCGACGAACUGGACGAAUUUGACAGACAGGUUGAGGAGGAGCUCCUGGAAGAAGCGUUCAUUGAGGCGUGUUUUGAGGAGAUGUUCGCCGAGGAGGAGGCUGCCCACUGGUUGCAGCAGAACGCUCACGGACAGAAUGGACAGUUCCUGCCUCAGAUCCCAGAAGUCUGUUCACUAGAGGACUCGCUACGCCAGUUAGACAUUGGAAACUGUGGCAACGUUUCUGAAGAAGUUGUCUUAAACAGCAAAUUGAACCCUGAGGCUCCAGAGUUCGUUCCACGUUAUCUCAAGUCUUGAUUUCAUUCCCGGUACACAAGACAUGGUCUGUUUCCAGCGGUUACUCGGUUUCUAUGAUGACCAACAACAGAUGGUCAUCAUUGCCAGCCUCUGUACAUUGGCAUUAUUCCAGAAUGUGUGUUACCAUGGUUGCCUGUUAAUGUAUAGACUGCAUGUCUGCUAGAAUAAACCAUCUUGCUACAGGGAAUUAUGGUGUAGAAUAUAAUCAACUUGUGUACGACUUCGGUCACGUCUGUGUGUUUAAUGUAUGUGAGUUUUCCGUCUGUAGUGUCUAAUAAUUAUAGCAUCGUCUUCAGCUCGAAACCGUCUGAAGAAACCAGGUUAUAUUUCAGUUAGGUAAACUCAUGAAUCCAGCCAACAUGCAGCUAUCUAGUUUUGAUUCUGUUGAGGAGAACUAUAAUCCUGUGGACUCGUGAGGAAAUUUGCGAUUUUAGUGUUGCCGAAAAAUCAUUCAGGACUGUAGAUAAAAAAUACUUACUAUAAUUCCACUACUGGGGUUUAUGCUGAAUGCCAAAAAUUAAUUAGGAGAUGGGUGAAUAAUGUCAGAAAAUAUUUACAAAAUUCAAGUUUUUCAGUUAAUAAAAAAAAAAAGGUAACAAAAUUAAGGCUCUUUGAAUAAUUGUACGUGUAUUUGAUUUUCGAAUUGGAUUUUUAGUGAUGAUGUAAUAAUGAAAUAUAUUUGUCAAAUUUUUAAUAUGUAUUUGUCAAACAAAAGCUUAAAACUCGUCUGCUUUUAAAGUCUGCUAAAUUUUCCAAUUUAAAAAAAAGAAGACCUACUCUCUUAAAGGUUUUGACUAGUUUAGUGAAGGGUACACUAACUUCAACAAGUUUACAAAAUAUACAGUUUGUUAAAGAACCACCCCUUGAUUUAAAAACAAAAUAGUUUUAAGACCAGCAUGUAACAUAAAUUGCAUGUGGAAAAACUUUAAUGUAUUAAUUUAUUACACAGCACAAUGUUUUUCAGAGUUGUUUUUUUUCUUUUUCCAAUCUGUAUUUUUAAAUACAUUAUCCUUAAAAAUGUAUCAGAACAUACAAAAUAUUGGAUGUAUGUUUUGCUAUAUUAAAAAACAAAGUAUUUAGGGAGUACAUUAUAUACAGUAUUAUGUUACGGCUGUAUGCAGCCAUAUGUUAUGUUUUAAGAGAGUUAACAUCAUUUCCAAUGUCUAUAUCGAGUUCUUUGACCUAGAAAUGUAUUACACUUCAAACAAACACUUCAUCAAAUAUAGUGUCAUCUCUAACCACAAUAACGAGAAUUUUGCUUAUUUGUUAUUUAAACUUAAAUCAUGUUUUGCUCGGAUGUGGAUGUGGGGGGUGGUGAGGGAUGUGUCAUUGAGGUCUGGACUGCCCGUCUCAUAAUGAGGGGAAAUAUUUUUCAACUUAUUUUAAGCUGCAUUCACCAUUUAUUUAAAACUUCCAUUCAAGUAGUAGUAGACCCACCAUGCAAACAAUCGUGGAUCGGCACCUGUUUCCUGAUUUGUAGGUCACACCUAGGUCCAGUUUUAAAAUUGUGUUUCUUCGGUGUGGUUUAUGUGGAUUGCUUCCAUGGUGUAUUUAUGGUCCAAGCUGGUUGUUCCCUUCAUACAUUUAAAUCCUCAUCUAGGUUGUGCACUUAUGUCACUCGAUGAAUUUUUUAUUUUAGAGUCGCCAAUACAGAGCUGCACAGAUUAUAUUGACUGUCAUUUCAUUUGCAGGUUGUGGGGGAACCUAUUUGGCGUUGAUGCAAAAUUUGUAAAAUGCUAAACAAUAUUUUGCUCGUCAUAGUUGUUAAAAAAACCCAGGAUAAUUGAAUAAGUAUUUAUAAUGUUAUCUAUUAAAUUAUUAGUUUUAAUGAAAAAAAAUUGUAGUUUUUUCAUUAUAUGAAAUUUUAUAUUAAUAAAUUUGAUUGUUUUUCAUAUUUUUAUAAUCCAUAAAUGGGUUACUCAAAUUUCCAAUUUGUGCAUCCCUGCACUACAUGUAUGUCAAGGAUUGUUUUGCAUUGUGAUUGGCAUAUUAAUGGUUUUUAGGUGUUUGAUCAAAGUAGUAAAUUGUUUUUGUGGUGUAUCUUGAGAUCUACUGUUUAAUGGACAUGAUUACAUUGCUAUAAUCUUUACAGGUGAGUUUUCUUCUGUCAAAAAUGAAGAACUCUGUAUCCUGCAGUCGAAAGGUGCACAGUUCACUGCAGCAUGUCGCUCCCUUCAUCUUCCUUGGGCAUUAUUUCCUUUAUUUAUUUUUCAGAGCAUCAUCGAAUUUGUACAUUUCAUACUAUUUCUGUGUUGCCUCUGAAUCUAACUUGAAUGGAGAACAAAUUAACAUAAAUUAUGCUGGCAUUGUUAAAUUUUAUUUUAAAAUUUGUGUUUAAAAUUGAGAUUGUUAUUUCAGUAUGGUAGUGGUAUCGCAGUACUAUUAAUAUAUUUACGGUUAUUUAAGUAUUUAUUUUUAGCACUAGUUAAGGUGGGACACACUAUGCAUACACUGUGACACAAAAAAGGCCAUUCAGAUAUUAUAUAAUGCUCGAGGGGGUGGGUGUAAGUCCAAACAUGUAGCGUUACAGGGGGUGUACGUAACGCUCUUUAUUUAUUACUAAAUCAUUUUCUUUUUCUUUUUUUUCAUAAACGCUCUGUCAUGGUGACAAUGCUUAACAUAGGUAAUUAUAGCUAGAGUAUACACAAUAAGGAUUAUUAAUAGAGUUGAAAUGCAUAUCUGUGCUUUCCCAAAUCGCAAAACAGUUAGUUAAAAUUAUGACAUUCAUCGCAAUUUUUUUUUUAAUUGAAUGGGAAGGGUGUGUGUGUCUCCAAGCAUUAUGUAAUUGGGUUGUUGUUGGUUUUUUUUUUUUGGGGGGGGGUGUAUGAUCUAGAGUUGUGGAGCUUUCCGGGGGGAGGCAGGGUGUCUAAUUUUUACACCAAAAACAAAAGGAGUAAUGUUUGAACAGCCCCAAAUGGAAAUCCACCCUCAGGGCCGUAGCUAGCAUGGGGGCAAAGGGGGAAAUUGGCCCCCCCCCCCCCCCGAAAAAAUUCGGAAAGCAUUACAGAAACUUAAAGAAAAGGAGUUUUAGACUAUUAACUACUCAAUUGCCCCCCCCCCCCCCCAAACAAAAAAUCCUAGCUACGGCCCUGACCCUUCCUCUUCCUACACAGAAUUAACUAAUUUAUGGUUUGUAUUAAGUACUUUAUUACUAAAUAAUUUGUUUGUUUUGGGUUUUUUUUUAUGUCAACCUAACAUAAAAUUAUAUAACUGAAUAUUUUUUCUGAAAUAACUGAUUUAAAAUAAUAUUUACAUUAUGCAUCAUAAUUAUUGAUUAUAUUAUAUUCUUUUACCUUUUCCUUAAUGGUCAUUUAAAACCCCCAGUUAUUUGUUAAAAUAACACCGUUUUCUAGCUGCAUACAGUAUGGUUUGCUUAAAAAAAAAAAAACUUAACUUUUGUUUGGUGCUAGUAUAGGUUACAAUGCAUUUAUCAUAUUCAUUUGUUCACCUUCUGUCCACAUAUACGGUUUCAAUAAAUAAGAAAAUAUUUUAUAUUUUCUAUCAAA